AUGAACGAGCUUAGGAUAAAUGAGAAAUGUCGUAACAUUACUCAUAUGGAACCAAAAGCUUUUCAAAUUUUCUGUGAGAUGCUUAUAAGAGAUGGUGGUCUUCGACCCACAAAACGUGCAAAUGUUGAAGAGCAAGUUGCCAAAUUUCUUCACAUUAUAUCACAUAAUGUGAGGAAUCGGACAAUGUCAUUUUUCUUUUGUCGCUCUGGUAAAACCAUAAGCCGUCAUUUUCGUAGUGUGUUAAAAGCAGUAAUCUUAUUGGAAGGACAGUUUCUCAAGCAGCCUAGUGGAUUGGACGUCCCCCUAGAAAUACUCAAUAACGAUAGGUUUCAUCCAUAUUUCAAGAAUUGCAUUGGGACAAUUGAUGGAACACAUGUUCGUGUGAAAGUAUAUCAUGGUAGGAAAAAUUAUCCAACAGUAAAUGUGUUAGCAGCUUGUUCAUUUGACAUGAAAUUUACCUAUGUUUUACCUGGAUGGGAGGGUACCGCUUCAGACUCAAGCGUUAUGACUAGUGCACUAAAAAGAAAAGGAGAUAAAUUAAUACUUCCUGAAGGAAAAUUUUAUCUUGCUGACGUCGAGUACCCAUUAAAGGCUGGACUUAUCACGCCUUAUAGAGGUGUGCGCUACCAUUUAAAAGAGUAUAUCUCACGCCGACCAGAGAAUCCUAGAGAGUUAUUCAACCUUCGACAUGCAUCACUGCGCAAUGUUAUUAAGAGAAUUUUUGGUGUGUUGAAGAAACGAUUUCCUAUCAUAGGAAGCAGAACUGAACCAACAUAUGAUGUUACAACUCAAAUUGAUAUCAUUUUAGCUUGUUGCAUCAUACACAACUAUUUAAUGGGCAUGGAUCCGAAUGAAAGGCUUAUUAAUGAAGUAGAUCGGGAGUUGUUAAAUGAAACUCCAAAUGAAAAGCGUGGUCCAAUGGAAAGAAAUAUAAGAAUGAGUAAUCAAUCAAACAUAAGUGGUGGGUCGAAGAGGGAUAGAUGUGUUUGGACUGCACAAAUGAAUGAUAUUUUUGUAGAUGCGUUGCAUAAUCAAUUUGUGAAGGGGAAUAUGAUUGAGGGCACAUUUACAACAAAAGCUUAUAGUGAGAUUGUUCACGAAUUGACAGAAAGACUAGGUAUCGAUAUCAACAAAGAUAAAGUGAAAAAUCGAUUGAAAACAAUCAAGAAAACAUUUCACGAGUGUUUUGACUUAUUCAAAACUGGUUUGAGUGGGUUUGCUUGGAGUGAAGCAACAAAAAUGUGGUAUGCUGAACCUGAAGUUUUGGCUUCUUCAAUUGAGUUAAAUCCAGCAGUUGAGAAAUGGAAGACUACUCCAAUUUUCAACUAUAAUAAGUUGCUGGAUUUAUUUGGCAAGGAUAGGGCAAUUGGGUCUAAUGCAGCAACUGCUGAGGAGAUGAUUAAUGAUUGGAAUGAGGUAAGUUUGGAUAAUACAUUUUUUAUGGAUCAUGAGUUUGAGAAUAUGAAUAUGAUGUCUCCUGAAACACCUUCAAGUGAACCUCCCAUUCCACUUCUUCAAAAGGAAAAAAGAAGAAGGAAUUAUUCGACUGGUGAUGGAGAUAAUGAAAUAAUUGAAAUGGUGAGAGGUGUGGCUGAAGCUCUUAAAGAAGGAAAUGACCUUCAUAAAACAUUCAACAAUAUUUAUGAGAAGUGCAACCAAAAGGGAAAAUAUGAAGAAGAAAUCUUUAAAAUGUUUGGCAAAAAUUGGACUAGAGGGGCAUGCAAUGAUAGAUCAUCCAGCUAG